UUUGUGUGUCUCCAGUAUUAACACAAUGGCCCAAUUUCGACGUAGUCACUCGAAAAAACAAGCCAUUUUUCGCGCAGAGCAAAUAACUUAUCGACAAAGGACGUUCUCAUCGUGCGGCUCACAAGAGAUUUUCCCGUUAAGAGCCAACGACGAGAUUGUCAUUGAUGAUUGCACCUCCAUGAUGCAUUACCGUUCAUAAUAACUAACGACCUGGAUAAAGCGCAUCGGCCGCCGCGUGCUGCACAACAAUUUAUGCCUUCUUUAUUGGCAUAAUGAUAUGAUAUAAGUAUAGCGGACACUUCCGGCCAUUCAUUUGUUUAUGAAUUCCUUCUGUUGUGGCCGAGAAGCAUACUUGUGCAUAAACUGGGUCUCCAUUCGCACGUAAUUAUAAUUAUGUAAUCCAAAUUCAUCCGCCGCGGCUCAAUAGCCAUGAAAUUAUACACAUACGAGCGGCGAGAAAUAUAUGGGCCGCUUUAAUUGUAUUUUGUGAACACAAUUUUAUCAUUUUUUCUUAUUAUAAAAGUAAUCCGAAGAAUAAGUAGAGCAAAAAUUUUAUUUUUGAUCCAAAUCAUUUUGUCGGAUACGCGUCAUUGUGACGCCUGGCAACUUAAUCAAAUGCAAAUUACUACCGCUCGGAGACUGUUGGGUGGAGCAUCCGUUUGUAUUCAUUGUCUGGCAAGCAAAGGGUAAAAAUUUGGUUUCGUUAUUUUUUACCUUUGGCUUUGAACAGCAGAUCUGUAAAGUAUGUUAUUUAUGGUUAUUUAAUUAAAUAAUAUAUUUAUACAGUUGCAGUUCAUUUGCAGAAACUUUUGGCUUGUAAACCAAUUUGACUAACGUUUUGUUCGUGUUUCAUUUUACGCAUAUGUACGCAUUUCCUCUCCCAUUUCAAAUGUCGCAAACAAAGAAUUUUAGGUUGCCAAAAACCAAUGUCAGGACAGGAAAUAAUAAAAUCAUAACAUAUAUCGUCACAAAAGCUUUGCGUCACUCAUCAUUCGCCAACAAAAAAGAGGAUCAUUUUUCAAAGUGCAACUUUUAGUUUAGCAUCACGCAUCACACUGGUGACUGGAUUAAAAUUAAGACUAAGAUGAGACUUAAAAUAUGGAUUAUAUUGAUUGUUAUCAGCAUUGCUUGUAGCUUGAAAAUAAAACGCCGGAACCAUAAGUUGAGGGCAGGCUCUCAAAUAUCAUCAAGAGCACUGGCUAGAGCACCUCGUCAAUACAUUGUCAAAUGUUGUGGAAGGCGAAGCUGCUUGGCAACUAGCAAAAGGGGACGAAAUAAAAAUUCUACCUUGUUCAAGAAAGACAACAAAGAAGUGGAAACUACUAGUACUGGUUAUGGCGAUCUUGUCGAGAUUGAGACGUCUUUAGAUGCACAAAAUGAUGAAGGGAGUACUGCAUCAACGGACGGUAGCGCAGGCCCCUCUGAGCCCUCUGAAGAAGCACAAACUGAGUUGACAAUUGAAAAUAGCCAACCCACAACAGAAGCAAUUAAAAGCACGAGAUAUGAUGGAGCUACGACUCAAUUUGAGCCAAGCACAAAAACUACUGCUGUUGUCACAGUAGAUGUCCCUUCAAGUUUGUCCACCUUACUAUCAGAAACGGUUGCAUCUACUGCUUUAACAACUACUACAGUGAGACCAACGACAACAACAGCCUUUUGUUUCAAAUCAUCCUGUGACUCAAUAAAAUAUCCGAAAACAACAGCUCCCGCAGUUCCACUUUCCACCCAAAGGCUAACUGUGUGCGGACGUGUUUAUGAAAUCGGCUUUCAGCAAGUUGCUCUGCCUGAAGCUGCUGCAGACUGCCAAUUAAAAAAUGCGUCACUCUUGUCACUAAUGAAAAUCACAGAAAAGCAAUGUUUACUAAAUUUAUUCCAAAAUCUCAAAAUGACGGAGGCCACGUUUUGGACAGGGGGUUCUCAGGAAGGAGGCAACUGCAGUGACGCAAAAGCAGGAGCUUUGUGGUGUUCCCUCCCUGAAAAUCCAGCCGCAACCAUUGACCCUUUAUUAUGGUCAGCCAGUCAGGUUGUGACAACUGGUGCCGACUGUGUUGCCUUUAAGUUAGCAACAGAUGCAUCGCUGUCAGGCUUAACAAUGGCCCUCUGCAGCAGCAAAAUGAGCCACGUUUGUGAACCUGCUUGUGAUAAGUUUCUGUGUCCAGCAACUAUACCAUUAAAUGAUUCUCUGGUUGAUGCAAAUAAAGCACUGAUAGAGCCAGCAAAAUAUUGUUACUGGGUACAUGCGUGUGGCAAACAUAUUUUGUUUGGAAACAAGCCAGUAACGUGGGAUGAGAACUUUGCAAUAUGCAAUUCCAUUGGAAUGAGACCACUUGACAUAAGCUCACCUCAAAUGAUGACCUGCUUAAAUAAUCUCACCAGUGCCAACUGGAAAUAUAAUUUUAACUACUGGACCGGUGGAAGUCAGCGAGGUUGUAAGGGCCAGUGGGCUUUCUGCCCAUCUGGAGACCCUGUGCCUGACGAAGCAUGGCUGCCAGGACAACCAGACAAUGACGGAAUUCAGGAAUGUGUGCACCUGCGUAUUUAUGACAAGAAUAAAACUCUUGGCGUUCGUCUAUCAGACAGAAAUUGCACCGAUCUUUACAUUUACGCGUGCGAAAUGUUGUUGCCCAGUGACGUAAAAUGCAUUUCUGCCACUAAGUGUCCUUCAUUGGAUUUGUGCAAAAGAGAGGUAUUUGAUAAAAGUGUCAUCUUUUCAAACCAAUUCAUUUUACUCAAACUUUGUAAGCCGAGUUUGUUUGAUGCGGAUCAACGUUUAAAAAGUAUUGUUUUAUAUUCAGAACGUAAUACUAUAUUAAUUUUCAAAUAGAUAUGAACUCGUAUGGAAAAUGGUUCUCCUCUUGUGGGCGACACUUCUUGUUUUCUGCAGCCAAAGUACUAUAAAUUUCGUUUCUGAAAAUGUAAAAUAAGUAAAAAUGAUAGGCCACAUGGGAGAAUGCAAGAGCGACCUGUUGUUCACUCGGAUUCAGCCUUCUUGAAUUGGACAGAGUUUCAAAAAAUGAGUGUUUUGCGAAAUUGACCAAAAGCAAGUCAUUAUUCUUUUAGCUCUUAAGUAAUUUGUAUUAUUAAUAUAUAAAAAAAGGGUAUAUCAAUAAUAAAACAUUGGAGCCCAGCGAAUAUUGGACCUCAGGGACCGAUACGAACUGCGCUGGCAGUUUCUCGUGGUGCUCCUCAGGACGCAGAAUAAACGAUCCUGCAGUCAGGUGGAAGUCAGGUCACCCGACCACAGGGUGCAUCCUGACAGACACGUCAGUCUUAACUGACAAUAUGACCUCCAUCGGAACUGACAAUUGCGGCAGUGAAAAAUAUUUCAUUUGCGAAGUUAAUGAUAAAAGAAAAAUUAUGGCUUUGCCUGAUCGUAUAAAAUUUUAGAAAUUAAUGAAAGGGGAUAACGGAAUUGGGAAACAAUAUGAAUGCAUGGUCACGUGGGACCUCAGUGCCAGUAAGUGAAAAUUUACCAAACUAAUUUAUGAACUAAAUAAUUGCGAUUUUUUUAAAGAGGAUCUUUCUAUUAUUGAAUUGGGUAUAAAGAAUGUGUCAA